GUUCUCCCAGCUCACACAUUUGGACAGAGCAGAUUCCUCAGGCAUCCACGAUGCCCAUCCUUGCCUCCUCAUUACACACUCCUCCUCCUUGCCUGCCAAUGAUUCUACUGCUGGGAUUAAUAGGAGCGGCAGGUGAGGGGGAGCUGCUGCAGGUGAUUCAGCCUGAGAGGUCAGUGUCAGUUGCAGCAGGAGAGACGGCCACUCUGCGCUGCACCCUGACCUCCCUGUACCCCGUGGGGCCCAUAAAGUGGUUCAGAGGAACUGGGCCAGGCCGGGAGUUAAUCUACAGUCAAAAAGAAGUCCCCUUCCCCAGAGUAACAACUGUUUCAGAUCACACAAAGAGAAACAACAUGGACUUUCCCAUCCGCAUCAGUAACAUCACCCCAGCAGACACUGGUGUCUACUACUGUGUGAAGUUCCAGAGAGGAGAACAUGGUGACGUGGAGUUUAAGUCUGGACCAGGCACUCAUCUCACUGUGAGUGCCAAGCCCUCUCCACCCAUGGUAUCCGGCCCUACAGUGAAGGCUACACCUGAGCAGACAGUGAGCUUCACCUGCACAUCCCACGGCUUCUCCCCCAGAAACAUCUCCCUGAAAUGGUUCAAAAAUGGCAAUCAGCUCUCAGUCUCCCAGACCAGCGUGGACCCACAGAAAGACAAUGCUUCCUACAGCAUCAACAGCACAACCAAGGUGCUGCUGGCCCCAGGGGACGUCCACUCCCAGGUCAUCUGCGAGGUGGCCCACGUCACCCUGCAGGGGGGCCCUCCUCUCCGUGGGACUGCCAACUUGUCUGAGACCAUCCGAGUUCCACCCACCCUGGAGAUUACUGGAUACCCCACAUCGGGGAACCAGGUGAACGUCACCUGUCAGGUGAACAAGUUCUACCCGCAGCGCCUACAGCUGACCUGGUUGGAGAACGGAAACGUGUCCCGAACAGAACCGGCCUCGACCCUCGUAGAGAACAAGGAUGGGACCUUUAACCAUACAAGCUGGUUCCUGGUAAACUCCUCUGCCCACAGGGAGGCUGUGGUGCUCACCUGCCAGGUGGAGCAUGACGGGCAGCCGGCGGUCUCCAAAAACCAUACCCUGGAGGUCUCUGCUCCCCAGAAGGACCAGGACACAGGUCAAACCCCUGGUCCAGAGCUGUCUUCUCUUUGGGCAGUUGUCUUCCUAGUACCCAAGGUGCUGCUGCUGCUCACUGUAUCUGUCAUCUUUGUCCACAGGAAGUGUUGAGCCUGCCUCUCCUUCCUUCCUCCCUGCUAGGUGCCUCCGUCAGCCUCUACUGUCUCCUUCCCUCACUGGGGACACAGCCCACAAGAAGGACCCAGCUGAAAGCUUCCACAACUCUACUCCAAAAGUCUUCUGUCCAUGGAGAUCUGCCUGCCCACAUGUUCAUGAAACCCCCAGAGCUGAAUCUUCAUAUGUGAUCCUGAGCAGAGAUCAUGGGAAGUAGCUCUGGAGACUGACUCACAACAUCUCCCUGGGACGUGAGAAUUUAGUUCAGCUCAGUCGCUCAGUCCUGUCCGACUCUUUGCGACCCCAUGAACCGCAGCACACCAGGCCUCCCUGUCCAUCACCAGCUCCCAGAGUCCACCCAAACCCAUGUCCAUUGAGUCGGUGAUGCCAUCCAACCAUCUCAUCCUCUGUCGUCCCCUUCUCCUCCUGCCCUCAAUCUUUCCCAGCAUCAGGGCCAUUUCAAAUGAGCCACCUCUUCGCAUCAAGUGGCCAAAGUAUUGGAGUUUCAGCUUCAACAUCAGUCCUACCAGUGAACACCCAGGACUGAUCUCCUUUAGGAUGGACUAGGAUCUCCUUGAGUCCAACUAAUACAGAUCAUCCAUCACCUUGGACUGAGCCAUGGACUAUACACUAAUACCCUGUGGAGAAGAGUUAUUCUGUCUUCUGAAUUCUUGCCUUCACUUAACUCCCCACCAUUGAAGUGCCUGUCUAGUUUUAAACCAAGUGCCAUCUUGGUUUUAAGAAAAACUUUUCUCCUUCUCUAUUUGUCUAGAUAGCCUACUUCUCAAACCCAGAAAUUAGUGUUUCAUCCUCUUUCUGCAAUGGAAAGAGUAGUUUUCCAUUGACUUGAAUAUUUCACAAUCCUUAUGAAUUGCUCAUGGGAAAUAUGCUGUGUCCAGAAGAUUUGAAUUCAUCCUUGAUUUCUCUUUCUUCUAUGCUAUUGUUGUUGUUCAAUCAUUCAAUAUAUCUGACUCUUUCCAAACCCAUGGACUGCAGCAUGCCAGGUGUCCCUGUCCUUCACUGUCUCCUGGAGUUUGCUCAAACUCAUGUCCAUUGAUUUGAUGAUGCCACCCAACUCAUCCUCUGUCACCCCCUUCCCCUGCUCCCUUAAACUUUUCCAGCAUCAGGGUCUUUUCCAAUGAGUCAGCUCCCCCCAUUAGGUAGUCAAAAUUUUGGAGCUUCAGCAACAGCACAGUGCUUCCGAUUAAUAAUUAGGGUUGAUUUAGGAAUGACUGGUUUGAUCUCUUUGCUGUCCAAGGGACUCUCAAGAGUCUUCUCCAGCACCACAGCUCAAAAGCAUCAAUUCUUCGGUGCUAAGCCUUCUUUACGGUCCAGCUCUCACAUUGGUACAUGGCUACUGGAAAAGCCAUAGGUUUGACUAGUAGGAUCUUUGUUGGAAAAGAGAUGUCUCUGCUUCUUAAUAUGCUGUCUAGGUUGGUUAUAGCUUAUCUUUCAAGGAGCAAGAAUCUUUUAAUUUCCUGAUUGCAGUCUCUGUCCACAUUGAAUUUGGAGUCCAAGAAAAUAAAGUCUGUCACUGUUUCCAUUUUUAUCGCCAUCUAUUUGCCAUGCAAUGAUGUGACCAGAUGCCAUGAUCUUCAUUUUUUGAAUGUUGAGUUUUAAGUCAGAUCUUUCACUUUCCUCUUUCACUUUCAUCAAGAGGCUCCUUAGUUCCUCUUCACUUUCUGCCAUUAGGGUGGUGUCAUCUGCAUAUCUGAGGUUGUUGAUAUUUAUUCCAGCUGUCUUGUUCCAGCUAGUGCUUCAUCCAUUUCACAUGAUUUUUCUCUGCAUAUAAGUUAAAUAAGCAAGGUGACAAUAUACAGCCUUGAUGUACUCCUUUCCCAAUUUGGAACCAGUCCAUUGUUCCAUGUCCGGUUCUAACUGUUGCUUCUUGACCUGCAUACAGAUUUCUCAGGAGGUUGGUAAUAUGGUCUGGUAUUUACAUCUCGUUAAGAAUUUGCCACAGUUUAUAACUCAUAUUCAAUUCUGCCUUUAAAACAGUAAAGUCCAGCGGUGAGAUAGUAAACCUUUAACAACUGAUUCUUUUUUUUUUUAAUUAAUUAAUUUAUUUUAAUUGGAGGCUUUACAAUAUUGUAGUGCUUUUUGCCACACAUUGACAUGAAUCAGCCAUGGGUGUACAUGUGUUCCCUAUCCUGAACCUCCCCUCCCACCUCCCUCCCCAUCCCAUCCCUCAGGGUCAUCCCAGUGCUCCGGCCCUGAGCACCUGUCUCAUGCAUCAAACCUGGACUGGUGGUCUAUUUCACACAUGGUAAUAUACAUGUUUCAAUGCUAUCCUCUCAAAUCAUCCCACCCAACAACUGACUCUUAAAAAAAAAAGGAAAGCUUGGUUGGUAGGACAUGCCAAUUCUUUCUGUAACUACCCCCACUGUGGUCAAUUUUAGGUUAGCAUCAGUUUAACAACUUGCUUGCAAAAUACCUCAGAAUGAAAAUAUCAAGUCUCACGAGCCAGUCCAAGCCUCUUCCAACACACCACUGGACUCUUUCCAUAAUGUCCACAUUCUCAUCCCUACCACCACUCCCUCGUCUCAGCCACCAUCAUCUCUUCCUGUACCAUUGCUAUGAUCUCUAACUGGCUUUCCUGUUUCAGGCACAGUGAAUUUUGGGGAAUGUCAGUCAAAUCCUACCACUCCUCUGCUCCCCACCCCCACACAUAUGCACCUCUCUCUCUCUUCUUUCCAACCUCUGCUCAAAUGUCACUUUAUCCAAGGCACCUUUCAUACACUACCCUGUAUAAAAUGUUAGUUCCUCUCUUACCCUGGCAUUCCAUGAGCUCUUAACCUGGUUAAUUUGUUUCCUAAGUACUUAUUGUCUUGAUGGUCUGUACACAAGUUGGAAAAGAAUUUCUAAACACAGAAUAUUUCAGAAAGGAGUGAGUUAACUAAGAAUAAAGAUCAGAGAUAAUGAGGACACUGGAAACAAAGGGCCAACUUCCUAUCAGACCACAGAGAGAUAACUGUUAAACAGUGGGCCAGCUCAAGGGAGAGCCAUGCUUUCUGUGGGUUAGUAGUCAACUUUUAACAGCCUCAGGAAAAAUAAAAUUCCUGCUGAAAGGGUGGCAGUAAGUGAUUGGUUAGGAUAGGUAUUUUUACCUAAUGUGGGGUCAGGGAGAAGGCCAGUUUAGAUCAGGAGUGGGGAUGGGAGUCAUGGUAAAGGAUGGAAAGAGGGUCAGUCGGUUCUGGAGAUGACUUUUGUGCUGGGUUCCGCAUCUGUGGCAUUGGUACAAGGCCUCCCACCUGCAAUACUGGUAUAUGGCUCCCUACAUAUUACCACCUGACAUACCAAGCAUAUGCAGUCCUCACUUUGCAUGGUAGAAAAGGACCAUAACAAUUACUGAAUAAACUGGCAGUGAACUCAGUAAUCAAUAGGAAAUAUAAUGUUCAUUCUAUGAUGCUUUAAAUUUGUUUUCAAAACAUUAUAAACUGUCAGCUCCUACUACUUGUACUUUGAUAAAUUAGAAACAUUGAGAAUUUAACUAAUUUAUCAAUAUUUCUUUGUAAAAACAUAUAAAAAUGCUUGCACCCUACUUACAUUCUUCUUGUAUAAUUUACAACAUUGUUGCUGCUGUUCAGUUGCUAUUUGUGUCCAACUCUUUCCUACCCGUGAACUGCAGCAUGCCAGACUUUCCUGUCCUUCACUAUCUCCUGGAGUUUGCUUAAAUUCAUGUCCACUGAGUUAGUGAUGCCAUCAAACCAUCUCAGUCUUUGUCACCCCCUUCUCAUCCUGCCUUCAAUCUUUCCCAGCAUCAGGGUUUUCAGCAUCAGGGUCUCUUUCAAUGAGUCGGUUCUUCCCAUCAGGUGGCCAAAGUAUUGGAGCUUUAGCUGCAGCAUCAGUCUAUCCAGUCAAUAUUCAGGAUUUAUUUCCUUUAGGAUUGACUGGUUUGAUCUCCUUGCUGUCCAAGGGACUCUCAAGAGUCUUCUCCAACACCACAGUUUGAAAGCAUCAAUUCUUUGGGGCUCAGCCUUCUUAAUGGUCCAACUCUCACAUCCAUACAUGACUACUGGAAAAACCAUAGCUUUGACUAUACGGCCUUUGGAGGCAAAGUGAUGUCUCUGCUUUUUAAUACACUGUUUGGGUUUGUCAUUGAAGGAAUGUUACAUGGCUCAAAAUAGCCUGGAGUUAAAACUCCCCUCCAGGUUCUCCCCACCAUGCUAUGUAAAACAAAGAACUCUCUCACCCAAAGGAAAAAAAAAUGGACAUUAAGGUUGAUUAUGCCCAGCUCCCAGCCAGUCCAGCCUCUGGCGGAUCUCCAGAAUUCCUUGCCCCAGUCAUUUAAGAGAUAACUAUUCUGAACAACCUUGGAGAAGAACAGGCCCCCUUACGACAGUAGUUUUCCACAUAUGUGCCUGUAUAUACUUACUCUUUUCUUGGGUUAGUGCAGCAGCUCACUGAUCUGACUGCUGCCCUUUCUCGCCUCAUUAAAGGUGAUCUGUUCCUGUAAA